AUGAACCUGUCUCUCGUCGAUCCCUUUGUGCUCGCGCAAGAUUACCCCGAGUCGACUACUGGCAGUCUUCGCAGCGGACAUGCCACCUGCGUGCGGUUCAAUCGCAAAGGCGACCUGCUCGCUGCGGGCCGCGUCGACGGCACCGUCGUGAUCUUCGACGUCGAGACCAACGGGGUAGCGCGGAAGCUUAAGGACCACACACGCCAAGUGCAAUCGCUCAGCUGGUCCCGCGACGGCCGAUACCUCCUCACGUCGUGCCAGGACUGGAAAUGCAACAUCUGGGAUCUACAGGAUGGGAGCAUAUUGCGGACAGUGCGGUUCGAGGCACCGGUUUACAUUGCGGAGCUUCAUCCAUGGAAUCAUCUCAAGUUCGUGGUCUCUUUGUUCGAGGACCAACCGCUGCUAGUCGAUGUGUCUGAACCUGAAGCCGUGAGGCUGAAUCUACCCUCCGCUCCGAAACGAACAAAAUACGAUGAAGAUGAAGCGUCCAGGAACCGGCAGAAUGCGCAAGAUGCGAAGCAGACCACGACGGUCGCGAUCUUUACAGCCUCCGGAGACCAUGUCCUGUCAGGGACGAACAAGGGGUGGCUGAAUAUAAUAGAGGUUGCUACGCGGACAACGAUAUACUCAACGAAGAUCUGCACAGGAGUUGUUAUCUACCUACGCCUCACCAGCUCAGGACGAGACGUAGUGGUGAAUGCUCAGGACAGGAUCAUCCGAACGAUCCAGCUGCCCAACCUAUCAGCAGCCGAUCUGGACCCCGACACCAUCGACAUUGAAGUUGAGCAUAAAUUCCAAGACGUCGUGAACCGACUGUCCUGGAACCACGUCGCCUUCAGCUCCACGGGCGAAUACGUGACGGCUUCCACGUACAACAACCACGACAUCUACAUCUGGGAGCGGAACCACGGCAGCCUGGUCAAGAUCCUCGAGGGGCCGAAGGAAGAGCACGGCGUCGUCGAGUGGCAUCCGCACCGGCCCCUGAUCGCGGCCUGCGGUCUCGAGACGGGCCGGAUCCACGUGUGGUCGAUCGUCCCGCAACAGCGCUGGUCAGCACUCGCGCCCGACUUCGCCGAGGUCGAAGAGAACGUCGAGUACAUCGAGCGCGAGGACGAGUUCGACAUCCACCCGCAAGAAGAGAUCCACAAGCGGCGCCUGGAUCUCGAGGACGAGGACAUCGACGUGCUGACCAUCGAGCCGGUCAAGGGCGAGAUGGUCGAGGAGGAGAACGCCUUCCGCAUGCCGGUCCAGCUGGACCUGAAUGAUAGCGAGAGCGAGGAGGAGUUCAUCGCGGUUGGCCGCGGCGAGAUGCGUAGGAAGAGCCCCAUGGAGGGAAGGGACUACAUGUUGGAUUCGGAGGUCAUGGGUAGUACGGAUGAGUUCUCGAAGAAACCGAAGGCGAGGAGUAGGAAGCGAUGA